AUGGUCCAGUGUUUGGUCCUCCACUUGCUUCAUGUUCUUACAAAGCAACGGGGCGCAGGGACUGCAGAUAACCUGUGGGGCCUAACGGAUGGUUAUGCGUGCAGAGGCAUCGAAGGCUUGGAUUGGUUUAGACGCAGAAGGACAUGUGUUCUGAUUGGUUAUGAAAAGUAUAAAGGGCCUUUACGUGGGCGGGGCAGGCCCAGCCCUCUUUGUGACGGCUUAGCCACAGGUGCUGUCUCACUGGUGAGGCCCAAAGGCAUCUCUGAGAGCCUGUGGCCCCGUGCAGCGGGAAGCGGGGCCAUGGCAGAGGCCGCUGGGCCCAGUACUGCCCUCCAAGGCGCAGACAGAGGCGCCCAGCGGCCUGUGAGGGCACCGCGGAGUGGGGUGGAGCCCUCGGUGCUCCAAGUGUCCCAGGUUGUGCUGCGGGCCAUCAUGGCGCACAAGGGGCUGACGCUGACCGCGCUCCGGAAGGCGCUGGGCAAUGCGGGUUACGAAGUUCGCAGGAACCUCCACCGCGUCUGCUCAAGCGCAGCGCCCGGGCCCGAGGGCAGUGGCGCCUUCCUGCGGGUGAGCGGCAUCAACUCGGAAAACUGCUUCCGAGUCUGGAAGACUCCGAAGCCCAGGAAAAAGUCGGGGCGCCAGAGGCUGGCGGAGGCCGGCGUCUCCCCCAGGAGGAGUCCUACCAGGCCCCAGAAACCGCGGAGGCGCCGCACGCGUCGCCAGGCGGCAAAAAAGGCACGGGAGGUGUGGAGACGCGAGGCGAUGCUGAAGCUGGAGGCGGCCAAGGCCAGGCAGCGGGCCAGAGCCAGGGCGAGGAGGCAGGAGGCCCGAGCACGCGCCUCCAGGCAAGACCCCGGGCCUGAGCCUAGUGACCAGAAGAGAUCCCGCUCCAAGUUCAAAGAGGAGAAGCAAGAGGUCCAGAAGCCUGAAGCUGAUAAAGCAGACCAGUCCUGCAGUAAGCCGGGCAAGGCGCGCACCAAGAGCUCCACCAAAUCCCAAGGUUCCCGGAAUGCAGUGGGGAGCCCAUAGAGGAGAGCGGCUUCAGAUCGGCAGGGCACUGACACCUUUCCCCACAGACUGCUGAGAAAGCCGCUCUCACUCUCAAUGAAACUAUUUACAAGA